AAAUCGUGGUUUUAUUAAUCAAUUUAAUUUAGUCUCUUAGAAUUGAACCAACUUCAUGUUAUUAAUCUGAUCUGUCAUUAUGAAAAUUUCUAGGUUAUGUUGCCUUUGAAUCGGUGAUUCUUUUAAAAGUGUUUUUUUUUUUCAAUGAAAAUCCCAAAUUUUUUAAAAAGUAUUAUUGUUGGAAUACCGAUUGGUAUUACGGUGUUAGAUUCAGUGGGAUAUGUAGCAAGAGUAGAUGGACACUCGAUGCAACCGUCUCUGAAUCCUGAUAAAGAAGUUACAGAUUAUGUUUUCUUGAACCGAUGGUCUGUUAGGUCACACGAAAUUACAAGAGGGGAUAUUAUCUCGUUAAAGUCUCCAAAAGAUCCAGAACAAAAAAUUAUUAAGAGAAUCGUUGGUGUAGCAGGUGAUAUAAUUUUAACAUUAGGCUACAAAAACGAAGUAGUAAGAGUUCCUGAAGGUCACUGUUGGGUUGAAGGUGAUCAUACGGGGCAUUCUCUUGAUUCCAAUAAUUUUGGUCCUGUUUCCAUUGGACUUGUAACAGCAAAAGCAACAUGGAUAGUGUGGCCUCCAUCUAGAUGGCAAUCGAUUAAAUCACAAGUACCUGAUUCAAGAGCUCCUUUAAACAUGUCCCGUACAAUCUUAAACUUAUAAGAGAAUAGCACCAAAAUUGUUUACAAAAGAAUAAAUGUUUAAAAAUG